AUGACUUCUGCCUCAGAUCGGACAGACGACGUGCCGACUACGCCUUCACACGUUGUACGGAUCAAGGAUCUGUCGGGCUCGACUGGGGAAGUAGCGUCCUCCGCAAACGGGGCGCUGUCUCAGCUGGAAAGGCGUUCUAAUAUGCCAAAAGUAGCCCUCGGUUCGGCUUUGGGAAUGUAAGCCGUCUGCACAACUAUUGUGUCUGAUUUAGCGCCACGGGGUAUAUAUGUGCCAAGAUCGGCAAAUCGGUCAUAUUCCUCAUCGGAGUCGUUAUGAUCGCCCUUCAGGUGAUUUUACAGUUCCUAUGCUCCCAAAGAUUUUUUAAUUUAAAAAGUUCUUUAGAUGAUCUAAGUGGAGUCAAUUAGUCAGUUUCUAGUGAGGUGUGAAAGCACGGAAUUUGUCCAAAAGCCAAGGACUCCUGAAUAUCUUGUUGGUCUCGCCCUGUAGUAUGUACAGAUGCGAGAUCCAAGUCAAGCACUGGAAUAGUCAUCAAAAAUCUGCAAACGUUGAUAAGUGUCAAGGUAUCGGGCAUACGGACAGCCCUAGUCUGUUAAAAGCUAUGCGUCAAGAGCGCCAACACCUAGAUCUGACGAUAACUUGACGACCAAAAUGUGAAAGACAGAAGUAUGGGAAAAGUUGCGGAAUUCAGGGAGACACUGGAAAACGUAAGUGGCGCUGGCGCGUAUAAAACGCAAAAGCGAACGACCUUUUCGGAGUAGCGUAGGGCGCAAAAACAAUUUCAUACAAGGAGUUAUAUUGUUUAACCAAUGUGGCGGUCUCUGCUUCUGGAUAGUUGCCCUUUCCCAACCAAACGCUUUUCCAUUCAUUCGACUUAUUAACCUGUGUUGUCCUUUCUAUUUGUUUAUUUCUCCAAGAGCGUCCUUUUUACCGCACAUUAGCAGUUCAACAAUAUACCAUCAAAUGGCAUACAAGAGCCGUUUGUACAAAUAUACUAACCCGGUUGAGCUUUAAAAAGCCAACUUCUAACUUUUAUCGCUGACAUCCUAGGCACUCCACACACUUAAUCCUUAUCAAUCGGAGCGAACCGUUUUCUCUUAAGAAAUAAACGUUCUCCGCAUUUACGACCCCUAAGUUAUUCAGAAACCUUUUUGAAACUUAUUUCCAUUUGUAGUAGUGCACCACAUUGUUUUAAGGGUCACACCGCUACUACGCACUUUUCUCGUUUUCUGUUUGUGGUCCCUCCGUUGGGCAUGGGUACAUCAAGGUUAACUCCGCGAAGUUUUAACUUGAUAUUUUGCGUGCGUAAACAUUCUUGUCGCCCUCGUAUUCACAACCCUCCUUCAUAAUCAAGGACAUUUUAUGGCAAAAACUAGUCCAAACAACUAAAACACCUUUACCGUCUUUCGGUUGUCCUUUGAUGUUUACCUUUGCUAAAUACGAUGCCUGUGGACUUUUCUCCUCAUUGCCAAUAGAAGCGAAGAGCCGAGUCCCAGGGAGUAGUCUUGAAGAAGGAGACACGAUCGCCGGGACAAGAGCUUUAUUAGCCUGACGUUUCGGAUUCCUACUCGAAUCCAUCAUCAGAGACAAAAGAGCAGAAACGGGUGGUUGUUGCACAAGGGGCUGCGGUAUUUAUAGGAUGUGGCAGCCAUGCUACCGCAUACCUAUGACCGUUCACGGCUUCCCCCUUCAUCCGGGGUUGUCACACUUGGUGUGAUCAUUGCUUGAUGGCCGACAUUCGAGUCGAUAAUUGCUGCAAUUUCAUCACGUGCGUUGGAUGUUGGCGUGAUGAUUGCUCGACCAUCUGACGCGUUGACCCGGGUGUUGGGAAGAGUGUUCACCAGUGCGCUCCCCGCGUGGCCAAUUACUCCGCCUAGACGAAGUCUCAGCACGCACUCCUCAUAUUAGUCAGAGGUUGUAAAGUAAGCACUUUACGGCCGAGUGUAACUGAUUAAAAUAUGAUAGUAGAGGGUAGGUCAGAUAUUUCCUGUUCUCAAAUUUGAUUAUGCGAAGCACCACGCGUCUGUUAGUUUUCGUCUUGUAAACCGUCUCCACUGGCAGCCAAACCGUUAAAGACCAGUCAGUUCGAGACGAGCAAAAUCAGAUAGUCACUCUGGAAGACUAUAUGCAUUAAGAAUUAACUCCUGCAUAAUGAGCUUAACGUCCACUCCUUCGGUUUUGAACACGUCCGUUAACACUAGAGUAGAGACUUGUACACGUGUUGCUAGGUUCAUGAUGUUUAGGCCCCAAAUUAAGGUGGAGGGUCUGUUCCUAAAUUUUAAGUCCGCUACCUAGCCUAUCAUAGCCAUCAACAUGCCUUGUGAAUAAAUUCCGGUUGGAUCACGUUUUGCGAUGGAAGUAUCAGAGCAUCUUUGCUCCCUAGCCAAUGCUUACGAAUAAUACUAUUCGUUAAAAGAUUGCUUGCCUUUUACCUUACUUUAAUGUUUGCCUCAGUUCAGUUUUCGUGGUCGGUGAAAGUCCCUGAAACUGUUAUCUGGAUUCAAACUCGAAACUUCACUCAUCUUCAUCUAUUCUUUCUCUCAAGUUCUUCGAGGUACCUCAACGGCUGUUAGUAGACGGACAACAGAUGAUGAACGGUGCCUGGUCUUUCCUCAAACAAACUGCGAAAUUUGACGAGCCCGUAAGCACUGCCAUCUAAAAUAGAUUUGCAUGUUUAGCGGACUUUAAACCAUCAGCUGAAUCGGGUUUUGUCUGCGUUUCUCCCUGUUUUUCGAUUUUUGAUGUAUCGAUAAUGCUUUAAUGAUCUCUGAACAAGGCCCUUAACUCUCAUCUAUGUAAAUGUGCUUAAGAAUAUUUGUCACUUUUCCAUCUAGUUUCCAAUUCGUCGGCGUUUGUUGUUUGAGUUUUUUCUCUUAACCGGGGCGUUCAUAGACGAAAUUGUAUUUUUGUUCUCGAAUCCAACCAUCGACAGAUACUUUAAUUACUUAUUUCUUCAUCUGUUUUACUAAAUCUCUUCACCGAGGUACCCAAAGAGCUUAUACAUACGUUCUUAUCAAGUGUCUGCGCACAUGACCUCGAUCAUUACGGUCUUCUAGGCACCGUCAGAUCGGGACACUAAAGUUGCCGCCCCAAAUGCACUAAACCAGCAUUGCAGUCACAGUCAGUCUAGAAAUUAUGAAUUACUCUAUGUUAAUUCCUUGGUGCACCUAGUGCCACAAUAGUAACACUUCACCGUCAUGCGAGCAUUCUGUUACAGUUGACCUCGUGGAACCAGGGCUCCAGUUAAGCCACUUUCUGCUUUCCGCCUGGCUGUUAGCAGCAGUCCAUAACUCCUGUCAUGGAUCGGGAGUAGCUGUCGCAGACUCAGUCUCAGAUCAUUAUUAUUCCGAGUAUAUUGGUUCAGAUAAGAUGGAAAUUUAUCUGUGUGUCUUGAUCUCUUGACUAACCCGCAUCCUCUACUUGCGAGUAUCAUCUAGACGGACCUAUGGUUCACACACGACGCAUGAAAGUCUUGUAAUGCCGCCCAGUAAGGUUCCACUGACUCAAAGCCGGUGAAAUUUGCCAUUUCACCGGUAGACUCGAGGCAAUACCUGGAGGCACCUUACUCUGAACCUCUGCUCUGGUCACGAGCCUCGAAAGCGUAUUAUGGAUAGUCGCCAUCUUCCGUAGAUGAGUAGUUUUCGUCCGAAUUCUCUGUCGACCCGAGACUUUGUUUGUGUCGUUGGGCAGCAUUAUAAAAGUUUGGUUCCCCUUGCUUUUAUAAUCUCCGGCACAAUACCUACUUUUUCCCAUUCUCUUGUAACGGAAUUCGCUCAUCUGCUACUGCCUCCGGUUUUUCAGAAAGUUCUCUUCCAAUACAGAGAUUUCUCGUCGGUUUUUUUCUCGGGGGUGCGCGAAUGAAGCUGCUUAACAAGUUGUGUACUUUUCAGGCCCUGAAAUUACCUAUUUCGAACAACCACCUCUUUCGUAGCGUCACCAGUUCCCGUAUCUGAACUUUUGCUUUAAUAGUUUGUUUGACGAGUUAUCCUAAAAUCACAACUUUUGCCCUUUCCAAAGCAAUCACAACGAAUUUAUGAAAAGGUCAGUUUAAUUUACUCUGGUUUCACUUGUGAGCACUAAUGUCAUUACUUUGACGUUUUUGUGCUGUCUACAUUUUACCAACGCCUAUUUCACUUUAAUUUUUUCUAAUUUUAGGCCGCCAGUCUUUUUCGCGAGAACCAGGUAUUCUUCAGAUCCUUCUUCGGUGGAUUCCUUAUCGGAUUGUCUUUCUUCUAA